AUGUCUGUCGAAGUAGUUGUAACUCUAGCAGGCACUCAGACCGAGACGCCGACAUUUACGCAUGUGGUGAACCUCCCUGACGGGCCGAUCAUACGAUUCCCUCCCUUCCCACAAGCGCCAGACGGCGUGCAGGUCGUCCCAUUCAAAGACUUUACCGAGCGCGGGAUCAGCAUGAACCCAGGCCCGAACGACACAGAGAUCGACACGUUGGGUGUGCCGACGGUCCCUCUCAGAUCAAAGCACAAUACGGAUGGGUGCAAGACGAACACGAAGAGGAAGCGGCGCGAGGACGAGACUGCUGCGCGUAAGAAGAUUGGGCUGCCUGCGAAGAAGCUGCUUUGGUGGGAGGAGUGGCAGGAACGCGAGGCGGCGAGGGUGUCGGUUGGGUUUGAUCGGAAUUCCACUCGUUUUGAAAGGAUUCAUGCUGCUGCUGCCGAUUUUACGGAUGGUCGUUCGUGGCCGCUUGAUUUUGCAUCUGAGUCUGGUCCAAAGUUUAUUUGGGAAAGGUUCCUUCGCUACAUUGGUUUAUCUGAUGGCACCCCAGCGCCCUCAGGGAAGAAGAGCAAGGCCGCGAAACAGCGAGCCAACGCUCAGCUGGACGAGGAUAUGUCAGAUGAAGUGGGCGAUGGACCCGAUGAAGAGGUAAAUGAAGACCCUAUGGCCGGCAUUGUGCUCGACAAAGAGGUUCCAGAAGUCCUGAAAAUCCAAAAACAUCUGGCUGAGAAGGAGGAUAAGCUUUCCACUUUUUUCGAGAACCCGGAGAAAUCGAUCAGAAUCUUUUUGACGUCGCAUGCACGAGAGAUGGGAUAUAUCUGGACCGAAGCGAAUCAGGAGUGUAUAGGCCAUAUACUCCAGUUCUUCGUGAAUUAUCUCUUGCGCAGUAAAGUCUUGCCAGAAAUCGAACGCUCUCUUCGACGAUCAUUGGAACCUAUCGCGGCAUCUAUCAAGGAGAUUCCCAACAUCUCCGCCAUGGCAAAAGUCAAUCCCGACAACUUCAGCAAGUGUUGUAUAGAAUGUUACGGUAGAAAAACAGAUGGUUAUUCAAUCGUUGAACUUGAUUUAUCGCAAUUACCACCCAAUCCUCUGUUUGAGGAUCCACCUACAACAAAAAUAGAGGAAGUCAAUGAGGAUGGCGAUUCAAAGGACAAGGCUACGUCGGGAUGGGGAAAUUAUGAUCCUAGUUGGGGAAAUUCUGGUUGGGGCAAUGAUUCUACAAAAUGCGGUGAUGAAUGGGGGGGCACCAUCAUUGAUGCCUCUUCCGAGUUUAAUGGCUGGGAUGACCCUGUGCCAGAAGAGGAGAAGCUUUCUCAAUGGACUAUUCCCAAGCCAAAAGACGUUAUCCCUCCAGCGCUUGCAAAGACUCAUACGACAGGAAUUGUCGAGCAAUCGAUGCGGCGCAUCAAAUCUAUUAUCCCCCCUCCAUCAAACCCUCCCCCGCCUCCCGUCCUUGAGGAGGGUGUCGGUCCAGACGCUGCUGAUGUGGAGAACGACCUUGAACGUCAAUUCACGAAACUCGUUCUUGGACCUAUGAUUGACUGGGAUGGUGGGGAAUACCCAUUAUAUUCUCAGCCUACUAUUCUUCCCGCUUCCGUUGGGGCAGUCGCUGAGCCAGGCGCCCCUGAGGUCCCGGAAGGGAUACCCAAGCCUUACGAUCCUUUCAAUGAUGAGAUCACUCUUCUUAUUGAGUCGACUGAAAACGUCGCUCUCUUUAGUGAAGGUAUGGGACUUGGUGGUGUCUGGGUUCAGCUUGUCCGUCAGGCCAAUGCUCCUGUGAAGAAAAAGAAGAAAGGAAAGAGCAAGUCGAAGAAGGUCAUUCCUAAUUAUUGGUACAUGGAGGAACUCUCGAUGGCAACGCCGAGCUUUUGGGCAAUCUAG